AUGCGCGGUGAAGCUGAGGAAAAAUCAGUAGAAAUCGGUGUGUUAUUAAAAUUCAUUAAACCUUUUGAUGGAUCACGAGAAAAACUAAAUCCAUUCAUAUCCAAUUGCCAAAACGCAUACAGUUUAGCUUCCAAAUCACAAAAAUCGAUACUAUUUAAAUACAUACUUAGCCAAUUAGAAGGUAGGGCGGAAACAACGUGUAGCAUAAAAGAUUUCGAAUCAUUUGAACAGUUCUUAGAAUUUUUAAAACAACAGUUUGGUGAAAGAAAGCAUUACUCUCACCUCCUGUCAGACCUACAGGAUUGCAAGCAGAACACCACAGAAUCAGUAAAUCAAUUUGCUUUAAGGAUAGAAACAUGCCUAGCUAAAUUAUUAACUGAAAUAAAUAUUUCCAUCCCAACUAAAAGGAAAACGGAACUAUCAGGUCGCGUAGCAGCUAUGGAGGACCUAGCCCUCCACACAUUUGUAAUAGGACUCCACCCGCGUUUAUCUCAGAUAGUCAGGUGCCGUCACCCUGACUCUUUAAACUCAGCAGUUAACUUCGCAGUGGCCGAAGAAAAGAUCCUCUCUAGCAUAGGGAAAAGACCUCAACCGCCACAAUCUCAACCUAUAUACAACGAAAGACGAGCGCCGCCCCGUCCAUCACGUAUUCCUAACUCACAUAAGAUAUCCUUGCAACCCACUGAAUCUGUUCCUCCGGUCAAAUAUUCCAAACACAUUAACUUCCAGAACCAGCAUAACUUAAAUCCAAAUGUCACACCGCUUCCAGCGCAUAACCUGAAAUCAGAAAAAAGACAAAUUAAAGUUUAUGAAAUAAAUAGUAAUAUAGAGAAAAGAUACUUACCUCAUGUUAUGAUACAAACAUCCGUUGCAACAAAGCCAUUAUCCUUCCUAGUAGAUACCGGUUCAUCUGUAAGCCUACUAAAAUCAAAAUCCAUAUCAAACCUUCCAAUUCUAAGUAAUGAGAUAAUAACACUUAAAGGAAUCGACCCCGGAGACGAGACAACUCCUACAUUAGGCAGCUUCCCAAUGAAAAUAUACAUAAACUCUAAUAAAUAUUUUUCACACGAAUUUCAUGUUGUUCAAGAUCUUAACCUAAAUCAUGAUGGAAUUAUCGGUAACGACCUUCUUAGGGACUUCCAAUGCCAAAUCAAUUACUCUCAAGGAAUGCUACAAAUAGGUUCUAAUUCAAUUAAACUCAACUUUUCCGAACCCGUGUAUACAAUCUCCUCUCGCACGGAAACUGUAAUCGAAUGUACAGUUAGUAACCCAGAGGUUCGCGAAGGAGUGAUUCUAGAUCAACACAUCUCUAACUCGUUAUUAAUUGCAAAUUGUUUAGUUAAAGUAAAGGAAAACAACCGCGUCAAUAUUACAGUAGUAAACACUUCCGAGAAACCUGCUAUAAUUCACCCAAAUCUUAAUUUAAAAAUAGAGCCAGUACAGCUUGAAAACACCAUAGCUUUUUCCAAACCAUCAGUCUACAACGUGUCAAAAAGGACAAACGAAGUCCUCAAACAAUUAAGAACCUUUCACCUUAAUAGCGAAGAGAAAAACGCUUUAUUGGACAUAUGUUCUAACUAUUCAGAUAUAUUCCACCUCCCAGACGACCAACUUACGUGCACCACUGCAAUCGAACAUAAAAUUAAAACUAACACAGACGUCCCUAUCCAAACAAAAUCCUAUAGAUUCCCCGAAUGCCACAAGAAAGAAGUGGAAAAACAAAUAAAUAAAAUGCUAGAUCAAAACAUCAUAACUCCCUCAAACUCACCAUGGUCCUCUCCUAUUUGGGUCGUUCCCAAAAAAUUAGACGCGUCAGGGGAACGCAAAUGGCGUGUCGUGAUUGACUACCGUAAACUCAAUGACGUCACCAUCGGAGAAACAUACCCUAUUCCUCAAAUAACUGAAAUCCUUGACCAAUUGGGGAAAAGCCAAUACUUCACUACUCUGGAUCUUGCAUCAGGAUUCCAUCAAAUCCCUGUAUCAUCUGAAGAUGCACCUAAGACUGCCUUCUCAGUACCUCAAGGUCACUUCCAGUUCACUAGGAUGCCCUUUGGCCUUAAAAACGCUCCAGCUACCUUCCAAAAACUCAUGAAUACAUGCCUCUCUGGCCUCCAGGGCUCCCGCUGUUUCGUUUACCUCGACGACAUAGUUGUCUAUUCUCACGAUCUCAACUCUCAAACAAAAUCUUGCCUCUGUCUUCAGUAG